AUGCCAGGAGGCGAUGGUUUCGGUAAAAAGAAAGAUGAUAAGAAGAAAGAAAAACCAAAGUAUGAACCUCCAGUAGAGUCAAAAUUCGGUAAGAAAAGAAGAAAGGGACCAGAUACCGCCAUAAAAUUACCUAAUGUUUACCCUAGUACAAGAUGUAGAUUAAAAUUAUUGAAAUUGGAAAGAAUUAAAGAUCAUUUAUUAUUAGAAGAAGAAUUCGUUACCAAUCAAGAAGCAUUUCAACCCACAGAAGCCAAACAAAUCGAAGAAAGAGAAAAUUUGGAUGAAUUAAGAGGAUAUCCUAUGUCAGUUGGAAGUUUGGAAGAAAUCAUUGAUGAUGAUCAUGCCAUUGUUUCAAGUACUGCGGGAUCAGAAUACUAUGUAUCUAUUAUGUCAUUUGUUGAUAAAGGAUUAUUAGAACCUGGAUGUACGGUGUUAUUACAUCACAAAACCGUAGCUGUGGUUGGGGUUUUACAAGAUGAUGCCGAUCCAAUGGUAUCAGUAAUGAAAUUAGAUAAAUCACCAACAGAAUCUUAUGCCGAUAUUGGAGGUUUAGAAUCACAAAUUCAAGAAAUUAAAGAAGCUGUAGAAUUACCUUUAACACAUCCAGAAUUAUAUGAAGAAAUGGGGAUCAAACCACCAAAAGGGGUGAUUUUAUAUGGAGCUCCAGGUACUGGUAAAACAUUAUUAGCAAAAGCUGUUGCUAAUCAAACAAGUGCAACAUUCUUAAGAAUAGUAGGAUCAGAAUUAAUUCAAAAAUAUCUUGGUGAUGGUCCAAGAUUAUGUAGACAAAUUUUCCAAGUUGCAGCUGAACAUGCUCCAUCUAUUGUUUUCAUUGAUGAAAUUGAUGCUAUAGGUAGUAAAAGAUAUGAAUCAUCAUCAGGAGGUGAAAGAGAAAUUCAAAGAACCAUGUUGGAAUUAUUGAAUCAAUUAGAUGGUUUUGAUGAUAGAGGAGAUAUUAAAGUUAUUAUGGCCACUAAUAAAAUUGAAUCAUUAGAUCCGGCUUUAAUUAGACCAGGAAGAAUUGAUAGAAAGAUUUUAUUCGAAAAUCCUGAUUCAAAUACCAAAAAGAAGAUUUUAACCAUUCAUACAUCUAAAAUGAGUUUAUCUGAUGAUGUUAAUUUAGAAGAAUUAGUUACAUCUAAAGAUGAUUUAUCAGGUGCUGAUAUUAAAGCAAUGUGUACUGAAGCAGGGUUAUUAGCUUUAAGAGAAAGAAGAAUGCAAGUUACUGCUGAAGAUUUCAAACAAGCUAAAGAAAGAGUUUUGAAGAAUAAAGUUGAAGAGAAUCUUGAAGGUUUAUACUUAUAA